AUGGGCCUGGCCACCCGGCUGCUCUUACUACUGCUGGUCCGGGAAUGCCACCAAUUCUACGUCCCUGGGGUGGCGCCCGUCGAAUUCAACAUUCGUGAUCUCAUCGAAAUGAAGGCCAUAAAAUUGACAUCUACACGUACCGUGGUGCCAUUGGAAUACUACACGCUGCCAUUUUGCCGCCCGCCCGGCGAGCUUCAAUAUAAAACGGAAAAUAUUGGAGAAUUGCUGCGCGGAGAUCGAAUCGUCAACACCCCGCUUCAAUUCAAAAUGGGCCAGAACACGAGUUGUGCCUCGGCGUGCAAUGAAAAGUCGGAAGUGAGCAUCACCAAACAGGAGGCCAAGAAGUUGAUGCAGCGAAUCCACGAGGAGUAUCAUGUGCAUUUGCUUGUCGAUAACCUGCCUGUAUCGACAAAAUUCGAAUUCAACUCCGAUAAGGGAGUUGAGACGAUCUACGAUGUUGGGUACGCGGUCGGGUUUGUGGACGAGAAAAGCGGAGAUGUGUAUCUGAACAACCAUCUCGACUUUGUGCUAAAGUAUCACAAAGCCGAGGGGAAAUAUCGUGUUGUUGGGUUCGAGGUGACGCCGAGGAGUAUUGGGAAGCUGGAAUUUCAGGGAGAGACUUGCACCGAUAACCACAAGGGUCAGAUGUACAAAUUGAGCGAGCAGGACCAAUCAAUUCAAUGGUCAUACGCCGUGCAUUGGCAAGAAUCGGACAUUCCCUGGGCUUCACGUUGGGACGUUUUGCUAUCGAUCCGAAGCCAGGAUAUCCACUGGUUUUCCAUUCUCAACUCGAUCGUCAUUGUCCUCGCGCUAUCAGGCUUCCUUUCCGUCAGUAUCGUGCGCGCACUUCGCCGCGACAUCAACCAGUAUAACCGUUUCGACGAGGAGGAAGACGCGUUUGAAGAAACCGGCUGGAAACUUGUCCACGGCGAUGUUUUCCGUCCACCAAGGCAUCAGAUGAUUCUCGUCAACAUGGUUGGCACUGGUAUCCAACUCCUCGGAAUGACGGGUGUCACUAUUGUUUGCGCAACGUUUGGAAUGCUAUCACCGUCUUCUCGCGGGUCUUUGACCUCAGCGGCGUUGGUGUUGUACUGCUUGAUGGGGUUGAUCGCUGGCUAUCACGCCGGGCGGUUGUACAAGACGAUGAAGGGCAGGAAUCCGAUUCGAUGCGCUGUACAGACCGGUUUCCUGUUCCCGUCACUGAUCCUGGGCGGAGGAUUCAUCAUCAACUUCUUCUUGAUCUCCAAGAAUUCCUCAGGCGCUGUGCCCUUCGGGACAAUGAUUGUCUUGCUGCUAAUGUGGUUCGGUAUCGACCUGCCGCUUGUUUUUAUCGGCUUCUAUUUCGGAUAUAGGAAACAACCAUACACGCAUCCGGUGCGUACCAACCAGAUCCCGCGCCAAGUUCCCGAGCAACUUUGGUACCUCCGCUCCCUUCCGGCCACCCUCCUCGGUGGUCUUCUACCGUUUGGGGCAAUGUUCAUCGAGAUCUACUUCAUUUUUGCGGCAAUCUGGGAGAACCACUUCUACUACCUGUUUGGCUUCCUGACGAUCGUCUCACUCAUUCUGACCAUCACCACGUCUCAGAUCUCUGUUGUAUCUACAUAUUUCCAACUAUGUUCAGAGAACUAUCGCUGGUGGUGGCGCUCGUUCUACGUGAGUGGAGGGUCGGCUCUAUAUGUCAUGUUCUACUCGUUCUUCUACUAUUACGCGAAGCUGAACAUUGUCGGCUUCGUGCCGAUGGUGCUCUACUUCAGUUACAGUUUCCUGAUCGCAGUGACGGUGUGGUUCCUGACCGGGACGAUCGGCUUCUACGCCAGCUACUAUUUCCUCUGCAAAAUCUAUGGCCAGAUAAAGAUCGAU